AUGGAGCUUGUCUUUGGGAGGGCAGCAGUCCUGGCGAACUCACAGUUGGUCAAGUACCGAUACAAGGCGAUACCCCUUGGAAAACGAACAUUUUUCACUGUCACCGAUACUGAGAUGUGCCUUGGAAAGAAAUCACGAUCCAUAAUUUCGACAUUAGAUAUUGAAACAUCACAGAGCGGCAAGGUGGUUGUGUCACUUCAGCCCGAGUUCCAUGCGGGGCUUAGCCAACUUUCAGUGAAUUCAGCGGUAGACAACACGGAUGAGCUACGACUACACGAUGAUAUAUGGCUUGCUCCCACGGGAUUAAUAGCUAGAUAUAUCGGUAUAGGAGGCAACGAAUAUGCACUCGAGUCCGGUAACUCGUAUAUCACCAAUAACAGCACGUAUGGUGCAAAAAACGGACUGCCUGACGAGGGUCACAAUGCAUGGAAACUGGCUAUUUGCUCCUGGAUUGAGAGACUCGGGAUACCCAUCGAAUUAUCUGAUGGUAUGAGAUGGAUCCAGGUUGAAGUGGCAGCUAGUCCUCAGCAUCUGGGCCUCACCAAAGCCACUAGUAUCCGAAGAAUUUACUGGCCUGCUGAGCUAUGUUUCAAAAGAGCACACUUAGCUAUGAGCUCUCCGGUUCAAGGAUCCGAGGCUUUGUGUCGUGAUAGCCUUGGCCCUCUUCAUUACGCACAUCAAUGGCUAAGCGGCUCUGUUCCUAGGGAUGAGGUUUUAAGGAGGAAUAUCAUGCCGGACGAGGCUCGUAACACCGAGCUGGAUCUUCAAAUUGGGCUCUCAGCAUCGCCUAGUGGCGUGGACAUUUCAAACACAGCAGAGAGCAUGGCCAGGGCAUUGGCAUACCCCGAUUUCCAACCAGCCACGGUGUAUCCAACCCCUCCAGGAGGGGCUUUAGCCUUUUGGCAUCCUCCACCUGAGAACAUUGGGGUUGGUGGCGAGUAUCCUCUGGACUUGUCUCGGGUGUCAAGACAGGAGUCUGAGCCUAACGCAGCGGACCUGUUGUUAGAGGCAACGUCUCCUGGGUUUGGCGCGGGGGUUGCGAUGUAUGACACUGCGGGUGAUGAUGAUUUGUUUGAAGAGAUGGGUGAUAAUUUUGACGACAAAGGGAUUACUGAAGCAGAUUUCAGCUUUUUCGACGAACCUGGUCUCUCCGACUCGAACCUGGAUAUUGAUUCUGGAAAUACAAUCCAUGAUAUUAUUAUGGAAGAGCAUAGCGCAAAGGAGCCAAAGGCGGAUCUAGAAAUGAGCGAGCAACUUGGCUCAGUUGAGCCCGUUGAAGUAACCGAACACCAUGAGAUUGAGACUCCAAAAAACGACGAUGCCUUAAAGGGUGGCCCGGAUAAAGCAUGUGCAGAGACUACAACUAGCCCAUCCAGAGAAGUUAAGACGGACUCGGAAAAGAUUGCAGAACGUCCCAUGAGUCCGCCACUCAGCCCAGCAAGAAUAAAACAAAUUCUAUUCCCAGGCAAACUCGAGGGCGCAGAAAGACUCGCCAGUGGAGGUCCCUCCAUUCAUAAGGGCCCCACAGAAGAAGAGACUCAAUUGAUGCAGCAUAGGAGUCGUUAUGAUCCAGUACCUUUCCAACGUGGGCUUGACUUUUCCGACAAGAAAUAUGGGGUUGACGGCAGGUUCUGGUUCUUUCCUGAUACGAAAAAUGUUGACGAAGCCACUGCUUCGCAUAAAACGAAGAUUCCGGUUAUUGGUGAACUAGUCCCAUCCAGUGGUCAAGUAGGAGGGAUAUCGUACCCUUAUAACGAGAACUGCCGUAAUGGUAGCCCGGACAGUGAACGAGGCUCAACUUCUAAUUCGUCAAGGAGUUCAAUUUACGGAGACAACCAUCUUCAGGCUGAAUUUAAUAAGCGCCACCAUCUAGAUCCCACUGAUAAUAAGUUAAGACGACCGGAUUUAGAUGACCUAUUUUCGGUUAACUCUUCCCUCCCAAGCCCAGGAUUCAACGUUGGAAAGCGCUAUACAAUGCACUCUGACCCAGAGGAGGGCGUGUUAUUAUCAGGGCUUAUUCACCCUACCGCCGAUUGGUCAUUCGCCGGCCACUUUAAAGCGCUCAAAUCCUCCUUCUCUUCGGUUCUAUGUGGCCGCGAUGACAUUAUUCACGUAGCACAACUGUUGGUUGAUCAGGUUACUCAAUCCAGUUUGGAGCAUAAAACGGAGUUAACCUCCGAGAAGGAUGACGAGAGAGACAUUUGGCAUUCUUUAAUCGACGACAUUGACACCAUGGGCCAAUCUCGUAGGUCUGGUCUCAAAUGCUACGCAUCCAUAGGCGAGGGGAGUUCCAAUCAGCAAAGGAAGGAUACAACCAGCGGCUCUAUAAUUAACCUUAGGUCUCCUCAUAUGCAUAUAAGGCGUGGAAAUUGCUCCCUUGAAGUUUUGCCUACUGCAAUUCACUUCUGGGAAACAUUUGGUCUUGAGCCCCUGAAAGGGAAGAAAGAUAUUAUCUCAUAUUGUUUACACCCGAUCUCUAUGCAAGAAGAUGCCAAUGCGUUUCUAGAUAGAUUAGGGCUGACAUACUCGAGUGCCAACCUUGGUUCAUGCUCCCGCCCUGGAAGCACAAAGGGAUUGGUUCCCUGGUCCCUUAGCAAGGAUAAACUGGACUACCCUUCGAUUAUGCGAAAACUGCAACAUGUGUGCGAAAAUUUAGGAACCGCGCUGUCGAAUUUAACCAUGAGCAACAAGAGUAUUGUUGUUUACAUUGUGAAUCCUUUUAAGAUUGGUGCAGCCACUGUCGAUAUUUGCGUGGCUUUCUUACGCCUCUUUCAUAAGUACAUCGAGGAGGCCGACAAGCGUACGCCCCGUCACCUUAAUGAACUAGUAUUGCAGAUAAUCCCAUCCGACUUCAUCGCAGUCGGUGGGUCAUUGGUUAUACCAACACAAACCGACUAUCUCCGUCUAGCAUUAGAGGUCUACUCUCGCUGUCCUCCACGUGAACCGGUCUCAGACAUGUUUGGAUGUGCCCCAGCAUUUACCCUAGCAGCGCCGAUUCCGAAGAUGAUCCCAUUUAAGUUGACCGCGGAUGAGGGCUCCCCCAUGGAUGCAGGACAACCAUAUCAUCUCGCAUAUUCUAUGAGCUAUGACCAGCGCUGGGUUACUGCGGCGUGGACUGAUAAUUUAGGCCAACGUCAAUUAACCCUAUCAUACUCGCUACGCGACAAUAAUUCCCGCACUUUUAGAUCAAUGUCUGAAGUAAGAGAAGAUAUCUGGCAGACCACGGCAGAUAUGACAGGUCUAUCUCGCGGUCGUUGGCGUGUUAUUAUUGUAAAGGAUGAACCCAUGGAUGCAGAAGAAGUAGCAGCCUGGGCAAGCCUUGCAGCACAGCAUAACCAGCACCAUCCCAGCCAGAUAGAACUAAUCCUACUUACUAUAAACACGAGACCGAGUCUGCGCUUGAAGAUACCUCCUCCCCCGCCACAGCUAAAUACGCUCUAUCAAUCUGGCAACGCCUCAACUCCAGUAUCGACUCCGAAACCGAACAUAUCUUCACCCGACCCAUCUACUAAUGCGCCCACGCCACCCCAAAUUUCUACCUUCACCGCUCAUACCCCAUCUUCAUCCUCAGAGCCAAGCCAACCUCAAUCUCUAUCCCAGUCCCAGCAAACUCAGAUCCCCGUGGACACCAACGCGGAGACAGUCCUAAUCGACAAAUCCGACGAGGCCUGGGCCCUGGUGCUAUCCCACCGUUUAAACAACUCCCAAUCAUUUACCACCUACAAACCUGCACUCGCAAACGGAUACCUUAUCCUCGAAUUCCCCAUAACAUCCUUCUGA